AGGGUAUCCCGGCCUCCCUUUCGAACGCCCUUGAGUCCCCUCGCCCUAGGAGAGGGUCGGGAAGGGCGCCCCGGGGACCCAGGCGAGGAGGAAGAGCUGAAACAAAGGAUCCUUCGAGACGGGAUCCUGCAAGCCUUUCAAAACAAACGGUUUCCUGCAGGACGGAAGGGGACUUGUCUCUCGCCCUCCCUGCCUCUGUUCACUCGGUGUCAGUUCGCGCCCUCGGGACUACAAGGAAUCAUGGUAGUAUUGCAUACCAUGAAGUGAUUGUGUGCCGUGGUAUGGAGCGUCGAGAUCCAUACAGCACCAUGUCACAGCCCUCGGCAGACAAAGGCAGAGAUCCUUAUCGCUCGACAUAUGCUGAACAUCAGGAUAUGAUGUUGAGUGAGGAUGAAGAGGAAAGUGCAACUCUAGCUGAGCCUAUGACGCUAGAGGGUGCAAAGCAGCUUGCACAGACAUCUGUGGUAGGGCCAGUAUCUACCCCAACACCACCAGUUGCCUCUCUGGCAUCUAUAUCUCCUCCUCCACAUCCUCUCGUUGCUGCGCCUCUGACGUCGCCUCAUCACUCAUCUCACCACCACCACCAUCACCAUCACUUGACAUCGCCUCCUCCUCCACCACCCCCACCCCCAAGCCAUCAUCACCACCAUCUAACCUCACCACACCAUCACCACCUUACUUCUCCACCUCCGCCACAUCAUCACUCCCAUCUCACACCACCUCUCCCUCACCACCACCACCAUAUAUGGGGAACUUCAUCGGUUGCCCAUGAGGAGGAAGAGGAGGAAGAGGAACCCCAAGACUUGCCAUCAACAGUGGAUAUCCAAGCCAUCAGAGAUUCUCCCUCCCCUGAUCGCUCGCAAGGGCCACUCAUGACCAUUAAUGAGAACUGGGAUAGUGUUGAGGACCAUGACCAGGCUGAUGAUGACUCGGAAGAUGAUGACUCGGACACUGAUGGAUCAGAGUCAGAGUCUGACUCAAGAAUAAGUUCUGGGUCACCCUCCAGGUCCAGGUCACCCUCAAGGGAAAGCAUCAAGUCCAUUUCCAGGUCUGGGUCGAGGUCACCCUCACCAUCCAACUCUAGGUCGGAUAGUGGGAGUCAGGACUCUGAUUCGGAUAGUUCGGUGUGGAGUGACAGCAGUUCUUCUGCCUCGGAUGAUGAACAGAAAAAGGAGGAUGAAGAUGGUGAUUCUAGCCCUAUGAACAAACCCUUACCAAGAAGAAAACCGCAGCUCACUGCUCCAAAGCUAACCUUAAGUGAUGGCUCGUUUAGAGGUGCUGGAAGGAAUGAAGAGUUUUCUUCUGGGAAACCCAAUGUUGCUGAUUCCAAAGCUCCUGGCUCUCCUGCACAAAAGGGUAACUCAGCCCAGAUAUACAAACCCUCACACACCUUUACAUCACCCAGUGCUGCAUGCAUAGCUGCUGUUGGGUUUGGGGUUAAUAAGACUACCAAAGGUUCAUUAUUAGAGGAGAAAGUGUUGUCCAAAUCGAGUGUUUUCAGUGAUGAUGAUGAUAAUAGUGAUGGGAGUGAUAAUGAGAGAAGUGAGAAUACAAAGAAACUUGGGUUUCCAUCUAGUGUUGAUGAUACUAAGCAGUUAUUACCAGUGUCGAUGCCAAAAUUGUCUGAAAAUAACUUGUGUAGAAGUGAAGUAAUCUCUGUAAAUAACAAGGAAACAGUCCAAGAAAGUUGCACCAGUGAAGUUUUGGACAUCAUAAAGGAGAAAGGGGCAUUAGUUAGUGAAACUAAGUGUGAGAAAAGUAUAGCUGAUGAGGACAAAAUCUCUAAUCCUAAAUGUAUUGUUGAAAAUAAAGGUAAUAUACCUUUGCAUACGCUAAAGGUUGAGGAGACAAGAACUGUACCUUUCCAGCCAUAUAAAAGAGGCAGCAUUUCCCCACCGGAUAAGAAGUGUGACCUUACCUCUCCACGGUGGGAUGAGUGUGACAAAGAGAAAGCAGAGGAGGCCAGAAACAAAGCCAUAUCCCUAGCAGAAUUGGAGGAGAGGAGGCGUGAGAAGGAGAAGGAACUUAAUCGGGAAUUUGACCGGUUGUUGUCUAGCACAAAAAGUAGUUCUAUGCAACAAAGUGAACAGAAAACUGUAGUUUUGGGAAACGAUUUCUCAAAGCAUCCAGUGAUAAAAGAAACUGUCGAGAACACAACAAAGUACAAUAAAGUUUAUGAUGUAGUAAAAUUGUGUAGGUCAUUUAAUUAUUCUGCUACUGCAAAUGAGAUUAAUAAUUGGCAAAAUAAUAAAGUUGGCAAGAAGGAAAAAUUCAAUAGCUCUGUGGAUCAUUUCACUCAACCGUUGCCAGCUGGAAACCGCACAGAUAGUGAAGACCUGAAUCUGGAAAGAAGUAGGCCAAAAGUGACAAAUAAUACUCCAACAAUUGACAAACCAGAAUCUCUAAAAGUAGAUGAAAAAAGUAGUGAAAUUAGCAAAGAAUUGCCAGAGAAAAACUCUAAUGAUAAGAAGUCAUCUGUGGUUGAUUGCUCAGAAGUAAAACUUGGUGCUGAAUCCUUUCCUGAGAAAAAGAAUUGUCGAGACCAGAGCAACGAGAGGAAGCUGCACAGAGAUGCAAAUAUAGAGAAGAAAGUUUGCAAAGAAGUCCAGUUAGAGAAAAAUUUAAGUAAGGAGAGUAACACAGAUAAAACUUCCAAUAAGGAGUUGUAUUUUGAAAAGAAAGCUGGCAAAGCUUCUGCACAUGAAAGGAAAAAUGGUAAAGAGAGAGAAAGCUCUGCUGAGAAGAGAUCAAACAAGGACACCAAUCCUCGAAAAACUUCAAAGGACAACAGUUUUGAAAAGAAGUCAAGUAAAGAAAUAGAUUUGGAUAAAAAGCUGCCCAAGGAAAGUGAUGUACUUGUACGAACAGGUACAGAUGUCCUUGCAGAAAGGAAAAUUACUAAAGAAGCUUUCCAGAGCAAGAAGGUUAGAAAUGAAGUUAAUUCAGAGAAGAAAUCACCCAACAAAGAUGUUUUAAGUGGAAGUAGAAAUCAGGAAGUAUCAGAGAAGGUUGUACCAGUGGCCAUAGAUUUUAGUAGUGAAAAGAAAGUGAAAAAGGAUUGCAAUGAGAUGAAGUCUAGAGAUAGUAACCUUGAAAGGAAAUCAAACAAGGAUAAUCUGGAUAAAAAUAGAAAGAUUGUGUCACCAGAAAAGAAAACAAGAGACAGUUCACAGGAUAAGAAGUCAAGCAAGGAAAGUCAUCAGGAGAAGACAAGUUUGGAAAGUGUGCAAGACAAGAAAUCAGGCAGAGAUGUGCAUCUUGAUAAAGAUCACGUCAAAGAUGUGUAUCCAGAGAAGAAUAUUAAGGAUCCUUCCCCAGAGAAGAAAUCUACCAAAGAUUUGUCUCUUGAGAAAAAAUCUUUCAAAGACUCAUCUCUCGAUAAAAAAUUGGUCAGAGAAGCAUCUGAUGAAAAGAGAACACAUGAGACUCCUGAGAAGAAGUCUGGUAAGAAUACAUCUCCUGAGAAGAAAUCACACAAGGAUACUAUCUCCGAGAGAAAGACUUUUAAGAGUAUUGCUGCAGAAAGGAAAUCAAAUAAGGAAGUGACCCCUGAAAAGAGGCAAACUAAAGAUCAUGCCGAUUUAAGAGGAAGCAAGGAUAACACCCCUGAGAAAAGGCAAAAUAAGGAAUCUCAUGAUAGAAGAAGUAACAAAGAUAACUCUCAUGAGAAGAAAAUAAAGAAGGAUCCUGCUGUGGAAGAGAGAACUAACAAGGAUUUGAAUAAUGAAAAGAAAGAGAAGGAGUAUCUCUUUGAGGCAAAUGCCAUGCCUGUGAAAAAAUCAGGCAAAGAAAAGAAGUCUUACAAAGAGAUAACUUCUGAUAAAAAAGAGAAGAAACACCUUCCUUUUAAGAGAUCUAAUAAAGAUCCUCUCAGUGACGUCAAACAAGACAAGGAGACUGAGAAGAAGCACGAGAGAGAUCAUGCACCUGAAAAAUCAGUUAACCGAGAACCUGCAGAUAAAUACUCUUCCAAAGAAACUGGUUGUGACAAAUGUUUUUUGAAAGAGACUGGUUGUGAGAAGAUCAACAAAGACUGUGAUUCUGACCGGAAGUUGGGCAAGGAUCACAGCUUUGAGAAAAGAAUAAGUAACGAUUUUUGUGACAGGAGAUCACACAAAGAGAUACAUGUGGAUAAAAGAUUAGAAAGAGAUGAAGGUUUUGAAAGAAAUUUAGAUAAAGACUUCAGUCCAGAGAAAAAGUACAACAAAGAGUUUCUGUCAUCCAGUAAAGAUAAAAAGCGUGAUUCUUCCAGUGAGCGCCGAAAGAGUAAGGAAGUGUCACCAAAGUGCAAAGACUCAAGAUCCACAGAGCAAAGUGGGGAGAAGUCAAAGCUUAUAAAAAGUGCAAAAGUGUUUGAAAAUAAUGAACUUCCCAAACUGUCCAAAGUAACCCAGAGACCAUUAGAAUCACAUCCUAAAAAGUCGUCAGCCGGUGAAGCGAAAUCCAAAUCCCAUCAAAGAACUAGUGGUAAUUCACUCAGUGGCAUUAGUGAGAGAGGUGACAGAGAACCAAAUAGACUUGAAGGGAUGACUGUUGAUGGUUCUAAGGAAAAGACUGACAGUGGGGAGAAAGUGAGUCAGAAACCCUGUGAGAAAGGGGAGAAGAGUGUUUGUAUCCGACCAACAAUAGCUGAUGUAGUGAAGGGAAGGGAAAGGAGAAAAAGCACAGAAGCUGACAAGCAAAGCGGCAGUGAUAGAAGGAAGAAUAGUGACUUGUACAAGGAAGAAACAUCUACAGACAGUGAGAGCUCGGAGGAGCUCAAUGAAAAAGUUGAUCUAGACACAGAACAGACACAGACCUUCUCAGUCAGUGAGAGCAAUUUCAAUCAGGGGAGACUGACAAUGAAGAUUGCAGCCAUGAAGAUGGCAAAAUUUGGAAGACCCGGGCUGAGAGAAGUGACAGCUGGUGCUUUACCCACUAGAUCUGACCUUCAUGUACCUCCACGCAUGGAAAGCUCUAUGAGCAUGUCCUUCAGUCCCUUCAGGCGCCCGCGAACGGUACCUCAGAAACCUCUGGCAGCUGCUUCUAGUCAACCUGAAACUCACAAAGUCAAGACAGCUGCUGAAAGGAAAACUUACAGUGACGCUCUACCACCGAAUGGAUCCGUCCGUUCUGUCAAGGUUCAGCGGAAAAAGGUGAGUGAUGGAGGAAACGGAGGCCCGAAGUGUGCCGCGUUUUGGGGUGGCGGUGUGAAGGGAGACAUGAGAGUACCAGCGGCAUCUGUAUACCGUUCAGGUGUCACAGGUUUGGGUGGUGUAGGGGUGGCAUCGGCCCCUACUGCACACCCACACAUCGACCACGAUGAAGAACAGAUCUCUCGUCUUGCACAUCACCUCUCGCAGAUCUCUGGGGACCAAGAUGGGUUGCAGGUCUUGGAUCAGGAGGAUUUGGCUGCAUUGCUUCCAGAUGUCAGCAGUGGUAGUGGUCACCAAGAUGGGUCAUCUGUCUCUCUGGAUGGGUUCACAGAUGACGUGGUGGUGUCCCAGACUGGGUCAGACACCGAGGGUGAAGACCAUGGCUCAGAUGUAACUGGUGAUGUUGACGAUGACUUGCCAGAUGUAAUUGUGCGCGAGGCUAUCAAGUCCAUGACAAUUGUUGGGGAGGCUGCCCUCAAAUUCAACACAGUGUUGAUGGAGGACCUGGAUGAUGUUGAUGGUCGCUCUCGCCCUCAUGGUCACCCACACUCACAGCAACCAGGGCAGACUCGUGUUGGUCAGCAGCAACGAAUAGCUCGAAGUCCCAGAGCUGACCUAAGCAUUAGACAGCGGGAUGAGGCAGAGUUAGCAGACAAACGUAGGCGUGGAAGACCUCCACGAGCAGGAUUGGCCGGGAAAGAUAAUCAGCAGGAAGAAGACCCAGAUCCUCCUCCAAUGCCAGAACUAGAGAGCUAUGUUCCUUUAGACUGCAAUGUUUCCAAUGUUUCUCCAGAUAGUGGCAUUCAGUCUGUGAGUGGUUCACCUUUGCAUCACAUUGGAUCCCCUCCACAACAUCACUCCCCAUUAUACAGUGCAGGCAAGAGUGGAGAUGGGUCUGGCAAUCACACUCGACCCUAUUCUCCAACUUUGGCUUCACAAGACUCUCCACCUCCCCCUACAUUGUUACCUGCUGUCACUCCUCCACAUUUAUUAAGCUCUCCACACUAUGAUUAUGAUUCUCCAAACUCCCCUCAAAUGCCAGCACUCAAGUGCCAAGUGGACCCCCCACCUUUGUUACAUGCUGAUAAUGCCAAAAGAGCAAGCCUUGAAGAACAAGGAACGCUGAAGAGAAGAGGACCAGGCCGACCCAAGAAAAGUACAGACACACUGAAAAGACCAAGAGGUCGACCCAAAGGAUCCAAAAAUAAGAGCCCAAAGACUGUGGAAGGUGUGGUAGACUUGGAACUCAAAGAAAAUGGAACAAAACUCUUAGGAGAAUCUGAUAGCUUCACAUGUUACAGAACAGAAAUGGGGCCUAGUUCAUUUGUUGUACCCCAUGUGCUAGAUGUGUGUGGUGAGGAGAAAUGGAGCCAUAGUUUAGAUGCAGAGGACCUUCCCCCUCCCCCAGAACCCAUCCCGCCCUUAAGACGUGGACCUGGGAGGCCAAAGAAGAUUCCUCCUGUGCUAGAACCCAGUGUACCCCUCCAGGAACCACAGGUAAACAAAGUACAAAGUGAGCACAAAGCCGAGCCUUGUGCAGAAGAUAGUGCCAACCUUUCUAGUGCCAAGCCUCAAACUCCAGUAGUCAGUUGUGAGCCAUCCAGUCCAGUGAAGUGUGACCAUGUGAAAAGAAAAGACAGAGCCACCAAGGGAAAGAGGCCUGUUGGCAGGCCAAGAAAAUACCCCAAAAGGGAUGACCUUGAUAGUCUGAACAAUCUGCCUGCUACAGCUGCAAGUAAGAAGUGCUUUAGUGAAAGAAUAAUGCACAAAAUCAUCAAUGAGAAAGUUCGCAACAGUGAGAAAUCUGAUAAAUUAUCUGCCCGAGUACAGGAUGUGGAUGAUAGUAAUGAACCGUUUGGGGAUCACUAUCCAUUUCUUGAUCAUCCUGUUGGACUCAUGACACAAACAGACCUGAAAGAUAAUGAAAGGAAAAGAAAAAAAUUAUUUAGAGCAAAGUUAAACAGUGAAGGCAUACCAACAGAAGGGAAGAAAAAGAGAGGAAGGAAAAAGGAAUUGCCAGCCAUUUUUGAGAAGGUUUAUGGAAGUCAAGACCUGAAGACUAAGAUCAAGAGUGAGAAUGGAAAGCCGUCUCUCUGUGCCACCACGUUGUCCUAUAAACAGAUUCACAAAAGGAAGAAAAAGAAACCUAAGCACUUCAAAAGCAAACACAAGAACAUUGUUGAUCCUGUAUUUCUUGCUGACUUGGAGGACUUGACAGCUGGGAUGCAGCAGUGCUCCAUCUCCAAGGUACCAGUCAUCCAGCAGACCAAACCUGGCGAGAUCCUGUUGCCGUCUAUCUUUCGACUGAGAAAGGUAUCUCUGGCUGCCAAGAAGCGAAGAGGAAGUGAGAAGACACGGACAAGUGACCGAGAAUCAGGAACAGAAGGAGAGAGUGGAAAGGAGAAAGCUUCAGGGAAAAGGAAGAAGAAACUGCAAGAAAUUCCAAAACAGGGCCGAGAGCGGACUGAAGCAAAUGAACAAAGAUUACCACUGAAGAAGCGCCAUCGCCACAUCUCCACAGCAGUGCCAGCUACUCCAGAACCACCAAAAGUUGAUAACAUCAAGAGUGAGGUCAUUGUAACAAAAGCCAGUGAAAAAGCAAAUUGUGUUGAAAAGGAGACCAGGCUUGAGAAACAGGAGAAAGAGAAAGCAGAGAAGAAUGAACAGAGGGCAGAAAAAGUUCCUGUACCUAAGACUGGACUCCUGACUGAAACACACAAGCCUGUGAGAACAGAGAAUAAGCUCAUUAGACAGAGCAGCUACGAACUGAACAAGAAAUCUGAUGAAGCUGAAGUGGUUAACACAGUUGCAAAGAAGUUAGACGAUGAGGUUGUACCAAAGGCAACUGAUACUGAAGAGCCUUUAAAAAUCACAGAAGUUGUAACUUUAAAGAAGGCUGAUGAAGCUGAAAAGGAAAACAAGGCUACCAGAGUCAGUAUAGCAGAUCCAGCAGAAAACAAAGCAGUAGAGAAGCCAGAUGCAGUCUCCAAAUCCACUGAAGUGCCAAUAUCAACACGAACCACAACAACCACACCUAAGAAGCGACACAGGUUGGAAGUAGACUUAUCAACUUCUCCGGCAGCAACAACCAGAGCAAAUGCAGGGCUAGUGAAGAGCAAGAAUGAGAAGGAGAUGCCCAAGGUCAAGGAGAAGGAAGUGACAUCACUCAAAGCCCCAGUAACCAAAUCCCCAAAAGCCAGUAAAGAGCCAUGCAUCAAAGAGGUUGAGACUUCACCACCUGCAGCACUAAAAGCAGAGGAGAAAACUCCUGAUGACAGUCCUAAGAUCAUGCCUGUUGAAGAAGAGAAGCCAAGUAGUGAUACAGCUGUAACCGAAUCCCAAGUACCUGUUGAAUCGGUGACGGAAACAAAUGUUGCCGUUGAAUCUAAACCUGAAACCGAACCCAUCAAAGAAAGCUCUGGCACACAUUCAGAUAGUGAUAUACCAAGUGAGCAUGAGCCACUCUAUGAAAGUGAUCAGAGUGGUUUCAUGUCUGAUAAAGAGGGACCCAAAGAAAUACCCGUGAAGGUACCACAGAAGAGACGGAAGAAGAAACGGGAACUGAGAUCUCCCAUUCCAAAAGUAACAGAUAAGCCCACUCCUGCUGAGGUCACAGAGGACAAUGAGCCACCUCCACCUAAGAAGAAGAAGAAGAUCAAGAGGCGAAAGACCAACCGAACAGGCUUCCCAACCAUCAGGAAGAAGAAAAGAAAGCCCAAAGAUCCCUCCGCUCAAAAGGAUGAUGAAAAUGGUGAGGAGAAGAGUCCUGAUGUUGAAUCCAGUGUUGAAAAUACCCUGGAAUGUGAUAGAAGUGAGAAAAUGGAAUCUGAGCAGGAGAAAGGAAAUGAAGUAGAGAAGGAGGAAUCACUUGAUCAACAAGAAUGUGAAACUGAUGAGGCAAAAUUGGCCUUGGAUAAGAAUGAGAAAUCUUUAUCAAAAAGCCCAGUACCAAAACCAGUGCCCAGGCCAAGAGGAAGGCCAAAGAAGAUAAACACAGAUGCCAAACUGUCAAGAACCCCAUCAGAAUCUCCAUCUCAGUCCCCCGAAAAAGCUCCAAAGCAACUUCGAGAAUCAUUAAGGGAAAGAAGGUCAGGAAAAGUUACAGAUACUCCACAAGAAGAAAAAAUAUCUGAACCAGAUCAAGAUGAACAACAGCUAGAAAAGAUCUUGGAAAGGGUUGCCACAGGUAUAGGAGGAAGAACACGUAGGAAGAGAGAUCUUAGUGAAGAGAGUGUCAAGACUGUUCAGAGUGAAGGAAAAAGACAGAAGAGACACGUGGAGGAUGAUGUUGAAGACAGUGACGCAGUGGUUCUUUCAUCUGAGUCCAUGCCAAGUAGUGAGCCUCCCUCUGGCGAUGAAAGCACCAGAACUUUACCAGGGAAGAGGAAAGUACCGCGGUGGAGAAAGAAGUACUUAGUGGCUGGACUCUUUUCAGAUUACUAUAAAGAGGAUGAACCAAGAAGAAGAAACGGUGAAGUUUACUUGCCAAAGAACAAACUAACUUAUGACCCAGAGGAACAUGUGCAUGGCCUCCUUCCCCCUCCUUGCUAUUGUCGAAAGUGGCUUAGAGAAAGGGAGAUUGACUUUGUGUUACCAUAUGACCUCUGGUGGCUGCACGAGCACAACAUGUUACCAGGGAGGGACAUUGUGCCUUCUUGGAACUACAAGAAGAUCAAAUCGAAUGUAUAUUAUGAUGUCAAGCCACAUUAUGACUAUGAACUGCAGGCAUGUAAUUGUAAGCGGCCUGCUAAUCCUGAAGAACGAGGUUGUGGUGAUGACUGUAUUAACAAAAUGAUGCUGAUUGAAUGCUCUGCACAGACAUGCCCAAUUGGAGAUGCCUGUGGCAAUCAGCCCAUUCAAAGACAUGAGUACCGUACAUGCCUUCAAAGGUUCAUGACCCCUAAUAAGGGCUGGGGAAUUAGAGCAACAAUGGAAAUAAAAGGUGGAACUUUCAUCCUUGAAUAUGUUGGGGAAGUCGUGAGUGAAAAGGAAUUCAAGCACAGGAUGCAAACCAGAUAUGCAAAUGACACCCAUCAUUACUGCCUUAAUCUUGACAGAGGAAUGGUCAUUGAUGGCCAUAGAAUGGGAGGUGAUUGCCGCUUUGUCAAUCAUUCUUGUGAUCCCAAUUGUGAAAUGCUAAAGUGGUAUGUGAAUGGCCAGUAUCGCAUGGCUCUAUUUGCACUGAAGGAUGUCCAACCUGGACAAGAAUUGACAUAUGACUACAACUUUUCCCUUUUCAACCCUGCUGAAGGACAAGAAUGCAAGUGUGGUUCGAGCAACUGUCGGGGAGUCAUUGGUGCUAAAUCACAAAGAGUAAAUGGAAUUGUGGAUGACAAAAAAAAGGUUCCAAAGAAAGAUGUUGGAAAGAAACGCAAGCGUGGAGGAACAGCAGAAGUCGAUGCAAGCUACAUUCCCCGUCCACAUUUUACUCCUAUUAAACCCCUGUCACAUCAGCAGCAGCUGUUUAUCCUCACUCAUAGAUGCUUCCUAAUACGCAACUUGGAGAAAGUAAAGAGGUUUCGUGAAAGGCUUGCUAGGUGUCCCGAGAAGAAAGCAGAGGAGGUUUUAGAUGAUCAAGAAGAACCUAGUACAAGAGUGGAGAAAUUUCUCACUCAUUUUACAGCACUCAACACUGCCAGGUCGGUUAAGACGAGGCGCUUAGCCCAGGCAGAGGAUGAUCCUGAGAUGACUCGAUUGGCAAAGUUAGCACAGAUCUUCAAAGAUAUUUAUGAUAAGCUUGUUGCUUCAAGAGAUUGCAAAGAUAAACCCUUAGCCACUCCAUUUAUGACUUUACCUUCCAAAAAGAAGUAUCCAAAUUAUUACACUAGAGUAGGAGAACCCAUAGACCUAGCUAUGAUAGAGAAGAACAUACUUACAGGAUAUUAUAUUACAGCAGAAGCAUUUGACCGUGAUGUGAUGCGACUCUUCGCUAACAACCUUAGAUUCUUUGGAAGAAACACAGAAAUUGGUCAGAUGGCAGUGGGUCUAAGACGAGUGUACAGUGAAUGCAAACUUCAGUUUAAACCUUUGUUGGAAGAGGUUCUUGGAGAGGAUGCCCUUCCACCUGCUUUUGCAAAUUCCAGUCCCAAUGAAGAAUUUGAAGAUGAAGAUGUUAUUAGAUGUGUGUGCAACCUACAUCGUGAUGAGGGAGUGAUGAUCCAGUGUGAGAGAUGUCUUGUUUGGCAGCACUGUGACUGCAUGGGCGUGACGGAUUCUCCAGAUCAUUACUUGUGUGAGGAAUGCUCUCCUCGUUUGGUGUCUCCUGAGGUGCCCAUGAAUCCUCAACCUCCUGAUGCACCUAAAGACCACAAGUACUUCAUAACAUUAUUGCGUGAUAAUCUUCAAGUUAAGCAAGGGGACAGUGUUUACAUCUUAAGAGAUCGUCCACCACAGAAGGCAGGAGAAAGAAAACAACCAGCCUAUAAGCUUGUUAAGGAUGUGAAGCCUCAUGAUCUCUUAAUAUUCAAAAUUGAAAAUCUGUGGAUUGAUGAAAAGGGUGAUAAAUUUGCAUUUGGACACCACUACUUGCGACCACACGAGACGUUCCAUGAACCAUGGCGCAAGUUCUUCCCCAACGAAGUUAUUCGAUCCCCAUUAUGUGAAAUCUUACCACUUGACAUGGUGGUGAACCAUUGUUGGGUGCUGGACUUGAACAGCUAUUGUAGAGGCCGGCCAAUUGGGGCACAAGAAGACCAUGUGUAUAUUUGCGAGUAUCGAGUUGACAAGGUUGCUCGAGUGUUCUCAAAGAUCAGCAAACCAAAGUAUCCCAUCUGCAUCAAGCCAUAUGCCUUCAUUACAUUUCCAGAGAGAUUAAGGCCUCAGCGAACAUAUACACCCCACGAGGUCAUCUCUAAUGGCCGUGGCCGUGGUGGAGGUGGUGGAAGCUCAAAAGAUACUCAUGGUGGAGGAAGUGAAGAACGCACAAGCAACACCAAUAGCAGCACAGGUGGUAGCAGCAGCAGCAGCAGCAGCAGUUCCAGCAGCAGCAGCAGCAGCAGCAGUAGCAGCAGCAGUAGUAGUUCCAGCAGCAGCAGCACUGCAACCAGCAACACAACUUCAGCAGCUGUAACCACAUCAAAGGCAGCUGCAUCAAGUGCAUCUCACCACAACAGCAGUGAAACCAACAGCAGCAGCAGUAGCAGUAGGAGCAGCAGGUCCCGAGACCGAGGGGCAGCUUCAACUACGGACGAGAUAGAUGACCAUACCCCGCUGGCCACUGUAAGAGCUGAGGCCAGGGCACAAAAGCGUGCCAAAAAGCGUAUUCGUGUCAACAAAGUUGCAACAAACUUACUGAAACUCCUGCCAACAAAAGGAGCCAUCGAUCUCAGCUAUUUACUGGAGAAUAACAAGAGGCAGCGGAAGAAAACUGCAGCCUUUGCUUCCUGAGAUUGGCUCAUAGGCUGGAACGGCCACCUCACUCUGAAGGAAUUAGAGGGCCAGGUAUAAUGAUCAGAAUGGGAUGUGGUAUUUUGUUAGAUAUUUACGUCUUUACAUAUUUAUCUUUAUAUGGGCAGAUGUGUUUGAUAUGUGCUUAGUUUUGGUACAGAAUUAGUGAAUUGUUUCAGGAAAGUGUUUUACAUGGAGUGCUGGAAAGCUAGUAUACAUGAAAGAAAAAGAGAACAGAACAAAGUCAUGCUAUGGCAUCAUUAUCUCUGAUGGACCAUCAAAUUGAGAAGAAGGUCAUUUGAUUGCCAUUGAUUAAAAAUUGAAUAAAAAGAUUGUUGAUUUUGAAAUUAAAGGAAAAAUUUUGUUAUUAGUGUUUAUGAGAAAAUGAUGAAAGUAUUUAAACAGUGUAAGGAAGAGACUGUACUUAAUUUGCUGGAAUUUCAAUAUACUGUAGCUGACUAUACACAUGAAAAUUUUGGUGCUUAUUUUAGUAAUAGAGGAUUAACAAAUAUCUUAAAUGUGGCCAAAGCUUUACAUGCAAGAAGCACUACAAAGGUUUUGAAAUUAUUUGUGUUUGUGUACAUAUAGAGCAGAGAAUGACAAGAUUGCUAGGAAGGUAAUGAAAUUUUCUUUUUUGGGGGGAAACAAGGAAACAAAAUCAUGAGUGGAUUUUAGCAGAUGAAAUGAUGGAUAAGUAUCUAUAUAAAUUCCUAUGGAAUAGCUAAGUUAGGAUAGAAAUGAUCAAAUUGGUCUUAUUCAUGAUGGUGAAAACCCAAAUUUUGGACAGAAUUUUAUAUUUUUUUGUAUUGUGAAAUUACAAUUAUUAUGUAAUUUUUGAUAUUUGAAAAUAGCUGCUCUUUUGACAGAAAUGUUUCGUGAUGCAAUUGAUGACCUGGAGUGAGAUGAAAGCUUUUUUGUCUUGAUAUAAAGUAAUGGUACAAUGCCAAAAAUGUUCCAGGCAUUUAGUGAAUACAUAUUUUUUUUCCCCAGUAAUUACAGACUGUUCAGGAGAUGUUAAAUUCCAGGCAAGUGGUGGUACCAGACAGGCAGCUAAAGGACUGCAUAACUAGAAAAUAUGUUUGUGUGAAUAUGUUAAGAUUGUUUGAGGAAGGCAUUGUUCUAGCCUUGUACAUAACAUUUCAUACCCAGAUUAUGCCAUAGGUAUAAAUGAAGAACUGUUGUACUUAUUUGACUUCAUACACAAGUUCAGCACAAUAAGAUUAUAUAAACACCUGUAAUUUUUUCAUCAUGGCUGUAAGUCCUCCACUUCUGUAAUUGUACUGCUUGUGUAGAUCCAUAGCUGUAAGAGUACAAAGUGUUUUUUCACUAGUGUAUAUUAAACUUGAGAGUACGUUUUUUUCUGUAGGUUAACUAGUCACUGGACACAUUGCCAUGCAUUUGGUAAAUCCUUCCAUCACCCUGUGUACAAGCAAGGAUAUGAAACUUGUUGUUUGAUGCAGAUCUCAGUAUUAGAUACUGAAUUCCCAUGCAAGAGUAUGUAAUACUCAUAUGUACACUUUCUUACUUGUAAAUUAAGCCAACAAAUCAAAAUUUUUAUAAAACUAGAAAAGGAUGAAUUUUUGUAGUAGAUGUAUAAUCUAUGAUAGUAAGUACAAGGAUUUUUAAGUUAUUUGAUUGAGAUUUUUAAUAUAUACUUUUAAUAAUGAAUUUUACACUAAGUCAGAUUUCUGGUUUCUCUCAAGUAUGUGUAAAUAUUGUUUGACUGGAGAGCGAGAAAGUGACUGAAUGCUGUGCAUUGUUGUGUGUAAUAUAGAAGGAAUAUUUUUAUAAUAAUACCUGUCAGGCAGCUCUUUUGUUCACGUCAUUGUUAUGGUGUCGUACACCCUUUGCUGUUUCCCACAUGUUGUGUUUAUGUUUGUGUAUAUUAUCACCUGGCAAGAAACAGAAACAUUAGAAAGCUUUCGCACAAAGAGGCUAAGACAGGAAGUCCUGUAAACUCAAGGCCUCAAAAGUCAAUAAAGUUUUUAAUUUCUUACCAGGUGGUGUCUGUCUGUUUUGGUCCAGAAGUUAUAGAGAAGGGGAGGCACUUUUCUGUAGGGGUUUAACUUUUUUCAAUAGUAAAAUUGGAAUGACUUCUAUAAUUCCAGGGAAAUUUAUAGGCAGUUAAUUAUUUAUUAGUACAAUUGUUUUGUAAAUUGAAUGUGUCUCCUUUUUACAGUUAUGUAUUAAAAAGAUUGACAAUGGGAAAAAAAUUGCCUAAAAUGCACAAUAGAAUUGUUGCAGGAUGACAGUUGUAUAGAGGUUGAAGCUGUAAUUAUUGCGUUAUACAACUAAUGAUGUAUAGAUCCCCUUGCAUAUGCCAUUUUGAAGCUUGCAUUCCAAGUGUUCCUCCCCUAAUAAAUCUAGGCAAAUGAUAGUGCAUAUUUGUAGAAUAUGUAUGGUGUAACAAGUGAGUGACAGAUUUUGCUACUGUUUGGAUGUUGUUUAUCCUUUGUAUUGGAGCACUGGUAGUUACCUGCUCUUAUGUCUCUGUUACCGUGUCCUGCUCUAUUGUUCACACUUUAUUGUAGUGUCUCCCAACAGUUUCUGAUGACUCACUCACAAUAGGAUUAAGCUGAUACAACAGUACCAUUAGUUCAGAAGCUUUUUUUGCCAGUUAAUUGCUGUUGACCAAUGUUGUGCAUGGUUCAUGUGACAGCUGUUCAGUAGCUCGGACCAAAGUUGAUAAUAGUUGGUAGCUGUGUUGACCCAUUUACUGUGGCGGUAACUUGGUGUUUGUCAACUUUACCUGCUACUUCAACUAUGGCCCUCCAACCCCCCCAUCCUCAUCAUACCUAAGCAGUUUACAAUUUUUUCCCCUAGUUAUACUUAUUUGUUGGGAGCUCCUCUGUGUCGUAGAUUUUAAAAGUUUUAUGUUCUUCUAUCCCAUGUACAAGUGGCGGGAAGGUGCAUACCCUCACAAUCACAAACCAAAUCUUGCUUUAACUGUCCUACAAUAUGCAUCAUUACUGCAGUUCAUACAAAAUUUUUCAUGACAAUAGCCCAAUAUGCAUCUUCCCUUAUCUCAGGACAUAAAGUUCAUUUGUACAUAACCAUGAAAUUCAUCUCAGAAUAAAUUAUAAUUUUAAA